AUUUUUUUAAUAUACCAAAUUAGUUUUCUAAUUCUUUUUAUUUAUUCAGAAAUGUGUAAUAUAUUUUCAUACACUCAAUAAUUCUCUAUUUUUUAUCAAAACAUUAUUUUUCUAUAAAACCUUAGUAUUACACUAUUCUAUAGUACAAAAUGCAGACUAAAAGGGUUCCUAAUGUGUUUAUGUCAUUAUACCGUCUUGCCAGGCAAGAAGAUUUUGAUUCCUUAAAAUGGCGUAAUAUUUUAACUGGAAUUCACAGGAAAUCAAAUGAAAAGCACAGCAUAAAGGACAUUUGCCUUUUGUACUACUCCCUAUUUAAGGCAAAUUCCACCACCUAUCUAUCCAAUUUGAAGAUAACGUACAAGGACCCAGAAACUAAGGAGAAUCUUGGCCCUUUAACCAUACGAGAUAUAGCAGAUGUGUAUAUUAAUAAGGUUUCAGACCUCUUAUGUUACAUGAACACGAAGCAGUUGGCAAUUAUUUCUAAAUAUUUACACAUGAUGAAUAGGUUAAAUGAAUCUUUUUGUAACACUAUUUUGUCCAGAAUUAGUUCAAACAGCUUGAAAAUCACUUCUAGAUCGUUUUUUAACAUUCUUUUAACACUUUCAGAGUCUAAAUAUGUAAAUAGUGAUUCAAUAGAACGGUUAAUAAUUCAGAAUAAAGGGUUACUGCUGGACAUGAAUAGUCUUGACCUCCAGUAUCUUCUCAAGUCCAUUGCAAUCCACAACAUAACUAACGAAACAAUUUUAAAUAUAGUCUCAGAUAAGUUAGAAUACUACUUGAGGGAUAUGAAACCUGAUGGGAUUUUAUCUACACUAAAUUACAUUUACAGGCUUGACUGGUACAAUGAAUCAGUUUUCAUGAACUUGUACUUUAGAAUUCAAAGUUUAUUACCACAGUAUAAACUUAGCUCAAUCACAUUAAUUUCAAAAUGUCUUUCACACUUCAAGCCUAGAGGUAUUGAGGAUUUUUUUGACUCUCAACUUAUUCCCACUCUUCAUAACAUCUCAGAUGCUGAUGCUGGUAAUUUACAAUUAAGUGACAAGGUUGAUAUCCUGUUGUUAUACAACAACUGUUAUAAAUGUGGUUCUAGAUCAUUUCCUAAAUUACUACCUCAAAUGUUGAAUUCAUUAACUGAGGAUUAUCAAUGGGAUCUGUUAUUUUCAGCAUUGAACCUUUUCAAAACUAAUUCUAAUGUAGUUGAACCUGACUUAAUUGAGGACCAAGAAGAUUUUGGAAGUUUACUCGCAAAAUCAAUAGAAUUUUUUAAACUAUUUCUAAAUGCAAAUGAAGUUGUACCUAAAUAUUUAUCUUCAAUUAGUAAAAAUGUAGUUGAAUUGGGAGUUGAAGAUGAAGAUUUAUUUUUACAAAUUCUCAAAAAAAUGAAGGAUCAUGAUAAUUUCCCUAUCGACUCAUUAAUUGACGUUUUGUUUAACUUACACACUGUUGAAAAUGAUCAUUUUAACAUUGUUUAUGACCAAUGUCUUCAAAAACUACUGGACCAUGAAAGGGUUCUGGAUUACUCUUUCUCACUUCGAAUACUUUCUAUCUUAUUUUAUCGGGAUAUUAGUCCUGGACCUGGUUUACUUUCAAUUUUUAAGUCUUUAUUCGAUAUUAAGAAUUUACAAGACAGUUCUUGGAAAAUCUCUACCUCAGAAACCUUUAGAAGUUUACAUAAAAUAUCACGUUUUUUCAUAUCUGAUGAUAAUCUAGAAUAUUUAUUAUAUUCUAUAGUCUUCCCAUCAUGCGUUAGUGGAUCUGGACCUAGAUUAUCCCAGUAUUUACCUGAAGUUUCAUGUAUCUUUAAGAUGAUCCCCGAGUUUAAAAAGAAUGAAUUGUUAAAUGCACUAUUGUAUUACAUUGGGAAGUUUGAUAAAAACCUGUUAAAUUCACUUUUAGAGUCCAGGAAAAUAAGUUGUACUCCAUUGAAAAUUGAUAAUUUACCAGUAAAUUUGGUUCCAAAACAACUUUUAAGGUUUGAAAAGGUCGAAUAUUUAUUACUUAAGUUUGAUGAGGAUGUAUUCGGGCCAUUUUAUUUAAUUUCAGGAACUAGAGAUGUCUAUUAUUACGGGAAAUCUAAGGAGAAAUGGGAUUCAAUAACAAUGAAUAUUUAUAGACAUAUUUUAACAUCAAUUGAUUAUAAUCCAAUUAAGAUUUAA